AUGAGUAACGACCACGCCAAAGCUGUGUCGCCGUCACAGUGCAAGCGUCGCCGGCUCGUGGCUUCGGACAGCGACAGUGACAGCGAUCACCAACGCAACAUGGAUCUCGAAACGCCGACGCCAUCGUCCGUCUCCUCGCCAUUGACAGAGCCCGACGAGCCCGACGAGUACCACGACAAGAAACGCAAGUCGCCACAAGUAAACAUGCGGUCCAUCAUCGAGCAGCAGUUCGACCUGGAGAUUCUGCUCAAACACAGAGAGCUCAGAACCAUUGAGGACCGGAUUGCCCAGGUACAGACUCUCAUGGUGCAGAUGCGGAAGCUACACAACAACACACACAGUGUCGUGAGUGGCGAGCCCAGAGAUUUUGUGCAGCGCUAUGCACACUACUUGAAGGAUAAGGAGGCAGUCCCGGCGGAAGGAACCCCGGUAGCGAAUGCGUCAGCAGCCCAUCAUGUGGUGGACGACCCUACGCACACAAACAACCUCAACACACACCCGGCGCUGCAAGGCUUGGAACCACCAACCAGGCGCAUUCGACACCCCACAGCCAAGCUCGCAUCCAAUGGUGGAUACAUUGGCCGAGGAAAUGUCAUGCCGUGCAUUUACCGACGGCCUGAUGGUGUUCUGGUGCGGCUGGUGUGCAAGGAUUGCGACAGAUCUAAUUUUGGCAGCACACAAGGCUUCAUCAAUCACUGCCGUAUCUCACACGCCCGGGACUAUGGAUCACAUGAUUCGGCUGCAAUGGCUUGCGGAGUAGAGAUUGAGGAGCAAGAUGGCAAGGGCAGACUGGCCCUGGAGCAGCUGGGAAGGGAUGUGAAGUCCAAACCUGUCCUGCGAGACAGAAGUUUCUCCAUGUCUGCUGUCAGCGGAAGGGCAAUGUCACAAGCUCAACUACAACAGCUUCAGCAGCAACAGCAACAGCAACAACAAAAGGCACAGCCAAUACCCACACACGCGCUUCCCCAAUAUCGAGGGGUUACCCCCACAGUUUCUUCACUCCCGCCACCGCCUACCAAAUUCAUCCCCCCUCCCAAGAUUACAACAUUCGACAACUUGGAGCAACUACUGAUAGAACGAAAAGUUGCCCAGGACGUCGACUUCAAAGUGCUGGUAAAGACGAGCAUGGAGAGUGUGCCAAAGAGUCAUCUCUUCGAGGGUGAGUCUGAGUCAGAUGAGGAGGAGCAAGUGGAGCUGGGAGAAGAUGCGACGCCAUUCCAGCGGGUCAUCGCAGAGGCGAGAAAACUCAAGCUCAAUGUCGAUGAGCUCAUUGCCCAGGGAAAGGCUAAUGGUAACAGACCUUCGGGAUACAAGCCGGCGAGACGGUCUUCUGGCUUCACAAAGAACAGGAAGAAGUCUGGUGGUACAGCAGCAGCGUCAGCAGCAACAGCCGCCGCUUCGUCUGCGGGAAACUCCAGUGAAACAGCCUCGUCCAGAACUCCCCAGAAGCCGUCUAGAACCGCAUCACCCAUUGGUUCUCCUAGUUUACGACCCUCAUUUGGAGCUUCUUCUCAUUCCGGCUCCAACGAAGAUGUUCAGGAGAUGAAGUUGGCUGAAGCUCCGCCCAAGAAGCCUCAGGCUCGGCGAAUCUCCAUCUCAACCCCCUCCACUCGAUCCAGCACUAGAGCUGCAUCGUGUAGAGCUCAACAAAACGAGGAGGAGGAAGGCUCACACAUUGUUGGCCAGCUUUCCAAGUUUCUGUCCCUCGACAGAUUCUUCUGA